GAUACCUGGUAUCUCCCCCUUCAACCCAGACGUUCGUGAUGAGAUGAGGCUUUGAAGGUCAUACACUGGCAGUCAUGCCCUCCGCAAGCCUUUUGGCGGACCCAAUACUCUCCAUACCAGCCUCGGCAAUGCCUCUCAUCUCGCCCAAUGCUCUCCUCCAUGCCCACCUGAAGCAGAGUCCUCCUCGACGUCCCUCAAAUCGCGCCCCCUCAGAAGUUCGACCUGUUCAACUCAAUGUCGGCUCUCUGACACACUGUAAUGGUUCGUCUCUGGUUAAGAUUGGUGCAACAACAAUCGUUUGCGGAGUCCGAGCCGAAGUCCUACCAGUCAGCGAAAUUCCCAGCUUCAGAGUGACAAAGACGUCGGCUACAUAUAAUCCGACGGCUCCGGUGGCGCGUGACAAUCGAUUUGUAGAUGGAGAACAAGAGGAGGAAUACGGUGCUAUUCCACUUUAUCACCUGUUGGUUCCAAAUAUUGAGCUAGCGACUGGCUGUUCGCCCAAGCACCCUGCCAACACCGCUCCUUCAGUCGAGGCACAGUCGAUCUCACAACGUCUGCUAUCACUACUGCAUACGUCACAACUCGUCAGAACUUCUGACCUCGAGAUUAUCUAUACUCCACCUGCUGAGACGCAGGACACCGAACUGGGAAUCAACGCGGACCCUCAGCUCAAGGCAUACUGGACGUUGUACAUUGAUAUGAUGUGCAUCAGCUAUGGUGGCUCGAUCUUUGACGCUGCCUGGCUCGCGCUUUAUGCAGCACUGAGAGACACCAGUCUCCCAAAAGCGUGGUGGGAUCCCGACUUGGAACAAGUGCUUUGUUCGGCAGAGGUUGAAGACGCACAGAAGCUGAGAUUGCGGGGAAUGCCAGUUCCCAGCACCUUUGGCGUGUUUAUCCCAGAGCAGAGACUAGUCACUGUGAACGGUGGAGAUGAUCAGUACUGGAUUCUUAUGGACAUGGAUGGCUUCGAAGAGGAGGCUUGCAUUGAGACUGGAACUAUCACUGUCGACGCCGGCGGAAAUGCAACACCAUUGUCGAUUCUACGCAUUGAGAAGAGCGGCGGACCCUUCGUUGACGUUGAACAGAUGACCAAAAUCGCCACUUUCGCCGAGCAACGACUGCUUCAAUGGAAAGGCGUUCUGGAAAAUGCGUUGAUGAAGACUUGAGACGAGGAGAUCAGGUUGUCCCCGUCGUUCGCGAAAGUCAUGCAAUUGGUCUCGUCGAGGACAUUCAAACCAUACGACAUGAGCUCAGUCCUACGUUCAGGUGGCGAUCCCUACGCAAUCAAUGCGUUUCAAUGAAGACCACCUAGGCGGUGAUGGCACCACGAGAUAGACGAUACGCGCCAAGUGAUCAUCAUGUGGAUGCAGCAGAUGAGGUGCUGCUGUUAGGACAAUGACUUCGAAUACAGACGAUCCCACUUGCUAGGGCAGCGAUCGUGCCAGGCCAGGUGUCAGCGCGCCCUUCCCUCGUCACCUCCGGCCCUGGGCAUGCGCACGGAUCAGGAGAUAUCGCAUGAAAACGGGUUCAGACCUCGGCGCAUCCGCCCAAUACGGAGAAGCAGACUGCAGCAAUGGAUUACGAGGAGCCUAGAACCCAGCAGCGACCAUGAGCACAUGACCGAGUGUUGCCUGUACCUGUGCCUGGGUCCAGUUACCAGAAACUGUAUGGUUAUGAAAGAGCCAAGGAGCUGCUAGGCAUCCAGUGUCUAGUAUUAGCGCAAACCUAGAGAGUCGUCUGCAGGGGAGAUCAAGGAGGCGUCUGAAGGCAAUAUCAUGCUUUUGGGAGUAAUGAUGGGCAGAGUUCGCAGACAGUCCAUUUUUCUACCCGUUGUAACCUAUAGAAGCCCUGUUUGACGAUUCUCGGAAAGCCCUCUUGGAGGCGAAACAUGACAUGAAGCGGAGCAUAGUCUCAUCAUGAUCGAGAUAUUUUCGAGCAAGCGAAAGAGCACUGUUGCAGACUCAGGAA